AUUGGCGUGCAAAAGACGAUAAUUAAACAUCUGCCAUUUCACAAGCGGUUUCUUUUGUAAGGGAGAAUCCCAGAAGAGUUUGGUAAAAUCAUCGGAGAAAUCCGCAAUCGAAAGAGAAAUAGCGGAAAAAAAAAUCAUUUUCCAACUACUUAUUGAGAAUUCUUUCAAAGUGUUUUCAGUAAGAUAUCAGCGUGAAAGUAAUUUCUGAUCGAAUCCUUUGACUUCUCAAAGUGACUUUCUAUUCACUUAUGUAACCGAUCAAGAUAAUAGGUCAUUCAGAUUUGUUCUCGGCUUGUUAAAUUCAAGCAUAUACUGUUUCAGCAUGAUUUUUAAAACCGUCCAAGAAGUGCUGGAAGUAGAAGAGUUAGCAUUUUGUAACCACUGUCGAGGUUUCUGAUAUUCUUUGCAUUACUAAUUCAAGAAUUCGUGCAUAUUUUCGUGGCUUCUUUCAUCGCCGGAAGAACUAAAAAAAAAUAACCAGACGAAACAGCUGAAGAGAAUAGAAAUUUCUCUGACCUUUCCCAAAGCGAGAAAGCACACGGUUUCCUCACUAUGCCACGCAAUUCUCCGGGCGAUGAUAUCACGGAAGUGUUUGCUUGUGACAGUUUUCAGUAAGGCACCAGCGAGGCUCCGUGCUGAAAAAAUAUACCGUAUAUUUCACAUUUUUCUGACACCAUUCGAGCACCCAUCUUUUCACCUCAUUUCCAUGCGCGCGACAUUCCUGCCGUGUCAUUGACUUCCAAUUGUUGUCGAUUCGCAAUGACGGCAUGUUUUGGGCCUCCGCAGGUCGCCAUGUGCCUCUUGGCUGUGCGGAGAGUGCUGGCGCAGGCGCCGCAGCCCGAGGAGGGCGAUGAGCCUCCGCCAGAGGGCUACUAUGCAUUCGUAGAGGCGCCAUCGGCUGUGCCGCCCCGAGUGCGUCCGCCACCCUACACGCACGUCAACGUGGACUGCAAGGACUUUGUGAACAGCAAACCCUACGUCUCGGUGCACAACAUCUGUGGGGAUCUCAACAAGGGACAAAUCCCCAGGAAUCCCAUGCGGCAGAACAUCCUCGGCGAGCCAUAUCCGUUUGAAUUGAUCCGGAAUCAGACGCUGAAAUUCCUUUCGAAGACACUCCCAGUUCUCAAGGCGGAUGACACACUUCCCAAGGUGACUCAAGUCUUUCCAGAUGAGAUUGUUGAGACCAUCGAUAACAAUGCAAUCGGGCGUCGAAUGGCGCGCAUGAAGCGGGAAACCUCGUCCAAGGGUGGCAAGAAUGAUGACAUCCGUGCUGGCAGGAAGUUCUGUGACGGCGGCGGAAUCUUCUGCACUCUCUAUCGUGCUCUUCAGGGCGAUCCGAUCGUCUCGCAAGUGGCUGAGCGACGAGAGGAGAGCGGAGGAGCAGCUGCGCCUCGCUAUGAAGGUCCUCCGACGCCCUGUCCUGCCAAAGUUGAGUACGCCACACCCGUGUUCGCCAAGAACUACCAAGGCUCCUGGCGCUACGUCGUGCAGAUUCCCUACGAGGGCUACUUCACGCAGACCGUGGAGGUGACCAGAUGCCUACAGGCGCGCUGCCACUACCUGGACGGCGGCUGCUUGUCCUCCCCGCGUUGGGUGAGCCUCCUCGUGGCGGAGAUAUUCUAUCCCAACAACGAUGACUACUCCAGCACCACGACGUCCACAACGGCGCCGUCGGUGCAGGACUUCCAGGCGUAUCAGCAGUACCUACAGAAGCGCGCUGGCCUCUCCUCCGCCACGGACGGCUCAAACUUCGACUCCACCGGAGCGUCAGGCAGCGAUUCCGGGAAACUGCCUCACUGCGAUGGCCACGACGAAAUCGGGUGCUUCCAAGUGCGCCUGUACUACGACUGGUUCCUCAUCCCAGGCUCGUGCAAGUGCUGGCGCCCAGACUACUUCGCCAAAUACGUGCGGAGGAAACCCACAACGGAUCUCUAGAGGCGGCCUCGAGACUCCCGCACUCCCACUAAUC